UCUGAAAAAGAGGAUGACAUAAUUCGCAUGAGGAAGGAUUUAGAGACUCGGACUCAGGAGGAGAUCAUUAAGCACCAUGCCAGUAUUCGUGAGCUGAAGAAAAGUUUCAUGGAGUCAGUACCUGCGCCACGACCCAGCGAGUGGGAUAAACGCCUUUCUACCCACUCUCCCUUCCGUACUCUCAGUUUCAAUGGACAGGUCCAAACUGGCACUGAUGGGGUUAAGCGUGCUCUUGUUUUACCCACUGAGAGAAAAGUGUGUGGGUCAGAGACUCAGGGUGAGGCUCCAGGUCAGGGUGAAGACCUUGUAAAACCUUCUGGGAAGGACCAUCGGGUAAUCCUCCCGAAAGUCUCCAUCCCAAUGCCGGAGGAGAAGUCUAUGGAAAAGUGCCGCCUGCACCUACUUCUACUUCCAAAUCCCCGUCUUCCAUUUCUGAUGUCAUUUUUAAUCUUUUUAGCAGUGACACUUUGGUGGCUUCUGUUCUUAUGA